GAUGUAUUUGUUAUGGCAUGCAUGGUCAUGAGUGGGUUUUAAUUCGGUCGUGACAAAGCAUGAAUUCUGCUGACGGAAUUAGGGUCAGUUUUGAGACCCAGUUCAAUGCAGACACACAGACCAAGUACGUAGCUGUAUGUGGGUCUUUGGAUGUCCUGGGGAACUGGGAGGUAGAAAGAGCGGUCGUUGCAGAUGAAAGCCCUGAAAAUUCUGGAAAAUGGAUAGUAACAGUGAAUUUACCUGCCAAUGUCAAAUUUGAGUGGAAAUGGGUUGUUGUUUGGCGGGAAAACCACACGGCUUUCCGAUGGGAGGAGCGAGCAAAUAGAGUGACAGUUGUAGGCGAGGAGAGCUGCAAGUGCCACGCCCCUUGGAAUGAAGAUGCAACAUACAAAACUCUCCCACAAGUCUCAGACGGAGUUAUGUGGACGUCAGAAGAUGAUGGCCAUGUGGAAAAGCUAGCAGAUGAUCCCGUACCAGACGACCCCCAGGGAUAUCCGAUAGUCGGGUCGAUAUCCAGCUAUAUCCGUGACAUAGGGUUCUUGAUAUCGUGGUCAGUACAGAGCAUUAAGAACGGAGUCGUGGCGAUCUUUCAGAGGAUAGGGGGCGUUUUCCGCGGCGGAAGAGCGCAUGAUCAUGAUGAUUGAUUGAUCAGAGUUUGCAUUGACACACUUUCGUCUCUGUUUAAAACAUUUUGAAAAGUCCAUCAUUAAGUCAUUAUACACUUUCUACAUAGCAAUUAAUUAUGGAUUGUCCAACUAUGACAACAAAUAGAAGAAAAUUAAGUUUUAUUACCUUACACAGGGAGUUUGUUUUACUAAACAUCGAUUAUAUUAUUGUAAAACGUUUUGAAAAUAAAUGUACUGUUUUAGUUAA